AUGCCUGCUUUCCACCGACCUCAUCAGCUGUUCCCGCAGCACCGCGACCCGAAGAUCCAUGUCUCCCUCGAUCGGGCUCGACGCCGGCGUCCAAGGCAGCGCAACAUGGCGCGAUCCCGCACAGCACAGCCCCGUCCCCGGAUCGGUAGCCGAUCUCUGCAAUACGUGUCCCCGGCGCGCGGGAGGGUACUGCACCGCGCUCUGCGACAGCACGAGCCAGCGUGCCCAUCGGCGGUCCGCAGCCGGCGGCGCGUCGUGGUCGCCGAGCAUCGUCUCCCAGCGCUCAAUCCAGCGCGCGAGGUCGCGAAUCUCGGCGUCGCGCAGGGCCGUCUCCGCCGGGGUGACGUCGACGGCGGUGCGGCGGCGGCGGCGGCGACGCUGCAGCUUCUCGAGACGGCGGCGGAGGGUGUGUAUCUCGAGGGGCGUCGGGGCGGCGGCGGCGCGUGUCACGGCGGCCUGGUACGACGGCGGCGGGCAGCCGAGGUCGUCGACGCAGUAGACGGGCGGGUGCCGGCGGCGGUGGUCGGGCGGCGCCACGUCCAGGUAGCCGAGGGGCUGCUCGGCGUCGAAGGGCUUGGUGCCGCGGCGGAAGCGGCGGCGCAGCAGGUAGAAGCACAGCCAGACGACGGUGGCGAGCAGGGCCAUGCCGACGAUGCAGGCGAUGAAGACGAUGGGGUUUUGCUGCGACAGCAGCAUCUUGGGCAGUUGCGCCGCGUGGUAUGGACUAGGAUGAUGGAUUAUACAAGGUGUGGGAAUAAUGUAGCAGAGGCUGUAGAAGUUGGGAAUAAUGUAGCGCUUCCGGCUUCAUCAUCUGCGUCUUUUCACGCUUUCGUGCUCGGUUACUCUUUGCGGCCUGCAGAUUGUGCCGGAUUCGGCGGUUGCAUCGCCCUACCAGCAACGGGUUACUUUUUGAAAUUCCCUUUCCUUGAGCUUGAUGAUUCAACACUCGCUCAGGCGCGGGCACUGACCGGGAGCGGCGGCCCUGAGUGGGGCCGGCUAGAACAAAGGAGCGCCGCAUACGGAAUACGCGAGCGAAAGGAAUCUGCUAGGCAAUUAACGCGUCUGCGACCGUACGAUGGACGCGGUGUAGCCCAGGAAUGCGGCUCUCUCGCCCUCGACCAAUGCAGCUGUCUCUUCUUCGCAACUACGCCCAUCGCAUAUCCACCGCCGCCCUUGACUGGAAUGCUAUCACCAGUCCGCCUCCCUCAUCCCUCAUCCCGUGCACCCGCCCACCUAACUACCCAGGUGCGCCGCGCCCUCCAACCCCUCUCGCUUACAAUGGCGAGUUCGAGUCGCAUUGUAUUAGAUAGCGCCUUUCUCCGCUUGCCUUGCGAACGCAGAGUGGGAUAUUGCCUGCCCCCUGCCCAGAGUUGUACCCUGUUCUCCAUGCCAGACGCUGGCGAAGCCCUCAAGACCUCAGCUGUUCUUGAUAUAAUGCACCUCGCUUAA